AGCUGGCGCUGGAGCCGGAGCGGCGGCGGCUGCGUUCACCCAGUGGCGGCUACGGCGGUGCGGGCCCGGGCACGGGCUCAGGCUCCGGCAUGGUGCAACCCGGCCUUGUCCCGGGAGAGCAGGACCCGCGCGCAGAGCCGGCGCCCAGGGAGCAGUGGAGGUGGCGGUGGCUGCAGGCACAGGCAGGCGGCAGGUGCUAGAAGCCGGGCUGGGCGAGGUGUGUACCCGCCGGGCUCCCUGGCCGCCGCCCCCUCGCCGCCCGGGUCUUUUCCUGUCCUCUUGCUCCCCAGCUCGUCCAGCCUCCAGCCUCAGCGCCCCGGCCCAUGGCGACCCGCGGCUGAACCGCGCCACCAGGGACCCCUCCCGCGGGCCUCCCGGGGCGUGCAGCUCCUGGAGCCGCCCGCCCACCCUCCGCAGAGCCACCCUUCCGUCCUCGCCCCAACCGGGCGGGACCAUGGCCGCGAAGAUACGAGCGCAUCAGGUGGACGUGGACCCAGACUUCGCACCGCAGAGCCGGCCGCGCUCCUGUACCUGGCCCCUGCCGCAGCCCGACUUGGCCGGCGACGAGGACGGAGCGCUGGGCGCAGGGGUGGCAGAGAGCACCGAGGACUGCGGACCCGAGCGUCGGGUUACGGCCCCGGCGAUGGCCCCCGCGCCGCCGUUGGGCGCGGAGGUCGGACCGCUGCGGAAAGCGAAGAGCUCCCGGCGGAACGCGUGGGGGAACCUGUCCUACGCCGACCUCAUCACCAAAGCCAUCGAGAGCGCCCCGGACAAGCGGCUCACGCUCUCGCAGAUCUACGACUGGAUGGUCCGCUACGUGCCCUACUUCAAGGAUAAAGGCGACAGCAACAGCUCCGCUGGCUGGAAGAACUCCAUCCGGCACAACCUGUCGCUACACACGCGCUUCAUCCGCGUGCAGAACGAGGGCACUGGCAAGAGCUCCUGGUGGAUGCUGAACCCCGAGGGCGGAAAGACGGGCAAGACGCCGCGGCGCAGGGCUGUGUCCAUGGAUAACGGGGCCAAGUUCCUGCGCAUCAAGGGCAAGGCAAGCAGGAAGAAGCAGUUGCAGGCACCUGAGCGGAGCCCGGACAGCAGCCCUCCGGGCGCGCCAGCCCCCGGACCCCCGCCAUCCGCGGCCAAGUGGACCGCCAGCCCAGCCUCUCGCGCCAGCGACGACUACGAGGCCUGGGCCGACUUCCGCGGCGGCGGGAGGCCCCUGCUCGGGGAGGCGGCCGAGUUGGAGGACGACGAGGCCCUGGAGGCUUUGGCGCCGUCUUCUCCACUCAUGUAUCCGAGUCCCGCGAGUGCGCUGUCGCCCACGCUGGGCGCGCGCUGCCCGGGGGAGCUGCCCCGCCUGGCCGAGCUGGGAAGCGCUCUAGGGCUGCACGGCGGCGGCGCGGGGUUGCCCGAGGCGCUGCUGGACGGCGCCCAGGACGCUUAUGGGCCGCGGGCCCGCGCCGGGACGCCGGCCUAUUUCGGGAGCUGCAAGGGUGGCCCAUACGGAGGAGGUGGGGGCUUCGGGCCGCCGGCCUUGGGCGCGCUGCGCCGCUUGCCCAUGCAGACCAUCCAGGAGAACAAGCAGGCCAGCUUCGCUCCUGCCACCGCGCCCUUCCGCCCCGGGGCGCUGCCCACGCUGCUCCCGCCGCCUCCGCCCGCACCGAGGCCCGGCCCAGUCCUGGGUGUGCCGGGGGAGAUGGCGCUGGCGGGUGCGGCUGUCGCCUACCCUGGCAAGGGAGCGGCCCCGUACGCGCCGCCCGCGCCCUCGCGCAGUGCCUUAGCCCACCCCAUCAGCCUUAUGACACUGUCCGGCGAGGCGGGAGCUGCGGGCCUGGCUCCGCCUGGCCACACAGCAGCCUUCGGGGGCCCGCCGGGCGGCCUCCUGCUGGACGCGCUGCCUGGGCCCUAUGCUGCCUCCGGGCCGCUGGGUGCUGCGCCAGACCGCUUUCCCGCGGACCUGGACCUCGACAUGUUCAGCGGGAGCCUUGAGUGUGACGUCGAGUCCAUUAUCCUCAACGACUUCAUGGACAGCGAUGAAAUGGACUUCAACUUCGACUCAGCCCUGCCUCCGCCGCCGCCCGGCCUGGCCGGUGCCCCGCCACCUAACCAGAGCUGGGUGCCAGGCUGAGGGCUGCCACCUGCGGCCGGGUGCCCGGUCCCAUCCCCAAGGGGCCUCUGUCUUCCCAUCCUGAUCCCCGCGUCCCCAUCCCUGAUCCAGUCCGCGGGAGGAUCCUUGAGGCCGCCCCAGUCGUGCUAGAGACGUCUCUCAGGAGCUGACCACAGCGGGGCGUGGGAGGGCGGGGCUGGGGUGCCCCAGGUUCCUGCCGACUCCUGAGCCUUGGUCUCCUCCCUGGGCAGGAAGCCUGGGGGAGGAGACUGAAAUCUGGGCAGGGCAGAGUGGGGAAGAGCAAGGGGUCUUCUGAGUGUGGGUGCUGAUCACCGAGCCAACUAGGAGACGGGGCAAGGGGUGUUUCUGAAUCUUCACUUUCAUUUGCGCAGACCUUGUGCUGACAGGGACUCGUAGCCAGUCCCAAACUUUGAUCCCCACAGACACCUUGCCCACUCAUCUUAGUCUCACUACCCAAAGCUGGCAACCCUCCGAAGACUCACAUCUAUUGGCCAUCCACCCCUGCACCGCCCGCCCGCUACCCUCACCCCCACGGGUUCAGCCUUCCUCCCGUCCUAGCCGGCCCUAGAGUGCCCUUCCCAGGUCAAACAGUCCCAUCACAGUCCCGGUGCUGAUCUCAGCCUCUCCAGUGGGCUUCAGCUCUGGAUCCCCCAGCUCAACACUCCUUUCCGUGCCAGUGCUGGCCCCUCUCCCAUAUUUAUAAGUGUCCGGUCGGGGCGGGCCGUGGGUGUGGCGCUCCCCGGCGCAUAUUGUAGGCAGUGUACCGUGGCCGUGCUGUCAGCGUGUGCGUGUGCGUGUGUGCCGUGUCGAGGCCGUGUAGA